AUGAAUCGCUACAUGAACCGAUUCCGUAAUUGGUACGGCAACAACUACAGGGGUAGAUACAGGGGUAUGAUGGAACCCAUGUCCAGAAUGACCAUGGACUUCCACGGAAGAUACAUGGACUCCCAGGGCAGAAUGGUCGACCCCAGAUACUACGACUACUACGGAAGAUGGUACGACUACGACCGUUACUACGGAAGACCCAUGUUCAAUUACAGCUGGAUGAUGGAUGGUGACAGGUACAACAGGUAUUAUCGCUGGAUGGACUUCCCCGAGAGGUACAUGGACAUGUCUGGCUACCAGAUGGACAUGUACGGACGCUGGAUGGACAUGCAGGGACGACACUGCAACCCGUUCCGUCAUUGGUGGCACCAGAGACACGGUUAUUAUCCCGGCUUCCAUUACGGCAGCAAUAUGUUCUACCCUGAGAGAUGGAUGGACAUGUCCAACUAUUCCAUGGAUAUGCAAGGACGCUACAUGGACAGGUGGGGACGUCAUUGCAACCCGUUCUCUCACUUCUACAACUACUGGAAUCGUUACUGGAACCACCCCGGUUACUAUAACUACUACUACAUGUAUUACCCCGAGAGAUACUAUGAUAUGUCCAACUGGCAGAUGGAUAUGCAAGGACGCUGGAUGGAUAUGCAGGGACGCCAUAACAACCCUUACUGGUACAACUGGCAAGGUAGACAUAUGUACUACCCCUACCAGAACUAUUAUUGGUAUGGCCGAUGGGACUACCCCGGAAUGGACUACUCCAACUGGCAGAUGGACUUCCAAGGACGUUGGAUGGACAUGCAAGGACGCUAUAUGGAUCCAUGGUGGUGGAACGACUAUUACUACAAUUAUUAUUAUUAUUAA